AUGGAACCUACAACACAGACCCCGCCGGUUGAACGCAAUCCGCAGAGGAGGAUCGCUCUUUUCUCGCAACUCAGCGGCCGCCGAAUCUUAGGGACGCGAAAACCUCUGUCAUCCGAUUCUAGUAGUGAAGAGAAGACGCCGUUUUGGAGACCUUGCCACUGCAAGGCGCUGGCAGCGGAAUUUGGUACCUCCAUUGUCAACACACACAAGCCUUCCACGAACGCUGCGGAUGAACAGAUCAUCGCGUCCUCAACGACCGCGAUGGAGGAGCCGACUGCAGCGCCUGGUGGCGGAGGAGCGGAUGCAAAGCCUGCAGGAGGCUGCCCGGAAAUAAUCACGCGAAAGCACACGCCACCUUUCACCGGCACAUGGCGCCGGGAACCGGGAGUGUGA